UGGAUUGCCAUUUUCCUUUCCCUCUACUCUGCAUUUUUCUUAAUCAGAAUAUUUCAAGAGAUUUCACAGAUGUUUGGUUUUUUCAAAUCUCCGGGUAACAAUAAGCUUCCCAAUGAAUCGUCAAACAACAAAGGCGGAACAAUCACUGCAGGAAGAAGGACUUCUUCAGAACCAAUCCUUAUAACGCCUGAUUUCGACGAUGACGACAAAUACAAGAACGGUUUCCGCGAUUCCGGUGGUCUGCAGAGCCAAACGACACAAGAGUUGGAGAACUAUGCUGUUUAUAAAGCCGAAGAAACAACCAAAGGUGUUAACAAUUGUCUUAAAAUCGCUGAAGAUAUAAGAUCGGAUGCUACAAGAACGCUCGAAAUGUUGCAUGAGCAAGGUGAACAGAUCAACAGGACUCAUGUUAUGGCUGUUGAUAUGGAUAAAGAUCUCAGUCGGGGAGAGAAGCUUCUGAACAACUUAGGAGGAAUGUUUUCAAAGCCAUGGAAACCAAAGAAGACUAAAAACAUCUCAGGACCUAUGAUCACUCCAGAUAAACCGUCCAAGAAGGGUGAGAAUCACAAGGAAGAGCGAGAGAAACUCGGUUUGGGUGCGAAAGGACGAUCGAGCAGCCAACCGCCAGCACAACAACCAACACAGGCACUGCAGAAAGUUGAGCAAGAGAAGGCAAAACAAGACGAUGGACUUUCAGAUUUGAGUGACAUUUUGGGUGACCUUAAGAGCAUGGCCGUUGAUAUGGGAUCAGAGAUCGACAAGCAAAACAAGGCUCUUGAUCAUCUCGGCGACGAUGUUGAUGAGCUUAACUCUCGUGUUAAAGGAGCUAAUCAACGAGCACGUCAUUUGCUUUCCAAAUAAGCAACCACCAGCCUUCCACAAAUAUUGCUCUUCUUAUUUGUAUAUUAUACUUAUCUUAUCUUUUUUUACUUUCCUACAGU